AUGAGUUCCAACCAACUUGUUCUAUUCGACGGCGAUGACGAUCGUGUCAAAAUCUUUGACGAUGUUGAGCAACUAACUAAAAUUCCACCCAAUUGCAAAUUUUACAUUUUCUGUAGUGAACCAGAAAUUCUUCAGGGUAAAAUCCUACUCAAUUCGCCUGACAUACCUCGGGUACAAAUACGAUCCUCGUGCAAUGGGCAAGGUCUUCUGCAUUUCCUGGCCAAUGAGAUUGAUAAUUAUCCAUUUAUCUUAAUUAUUUGUGGUCCAAAUCCACCGUAUUCACAAGAAUUUCCCAAAAUAUGGAAACGGUACGGUCGUGGCAAAUUGUUUGUUAAAAAGGUAGUCAAACCAUCCGACAUCAAUCUAAAAGAUAUUCAUAGCAUACUCAAACAACAUAAAACAAAGGUAAACACCAGUACAGAAAUAGUGCUGAACUAUUCGUGCAUCCAUUGUGAUCAAACGUACCGUUCGAAUGAUGACUUACACGAACAUAUUACUAAAAAUCACUUACAAACUGAGCAAGUGAAUGUGUACGUUGAUUUUGCAGGGAAUUUGUCAUCUCAUAAGAAAUCGAAUGGAACCAAUGCUACCGUCAUACAAUAUGAACUGAACUGCUCGUUAUGUAACGAAGAUUUCAAUAAUCGACAAGAUUUGAAAGUUCACAUGAACCAGAUUCAUCGCUUCGAUGAAGAGUAG